AUGGAGAUUCUAAGCCUCCUCCUUCUCGGCGGUGUUGUGGGAGUCAAUGCACAACAAGCACCUCUCACCGAGGAUUCCAGAUGCGGUUGCUAUCUCAUGAAAGGCAAUGAAACAGCAUAUUUCAAGGAACAUCGCUUUUUCGACUUUCGAAACCACCACCACCACGCAAGCGUACCCCCAGUCAUCACAGAGGUCAAGGACACAUCCGACGCACCUAUCACGAGCCCUUUCUUCAACUCGACCGAAUGGACGGAUUUCUGGAUGAUAAGCAACUGGAACAACAGCCAUGGCAUCCGCGAGGACUCUACAUUGCUGAUGGUCAACUCACCAAACAACGUCUACCUCGAAGCAAACCACGACGCUGACUCCUCCCCCAAAUCAUGGCUCUCACUCCGCACCGAGCGUCUCCAAAAGUUCCAAACCACAGCAGAGAUAGAAUCCCUCUCGGCAAAAUUCAAAUUCGUCUCCAUCCGGAUGUUAGCCCGCACGAUUGGCGCUCGUGGUGCCAUCACAGCCAUGUUUACGUACCGCCACUCGGAGGACUACUACCAAGUACAAGAAUCCGACCUGGAAAUCCGCACCAGCGACCCCAAGAACGUGAUUCAUUGCACCAACCAGCCUUCUUUGGACAGUGAGGGGGAUGUUGAAGUCCGUGCCAGCAAAAACGCCACCAUGCCCAAUGGGCUGGAGUGGUCAGAUUGGGCUGUUCACAGGUUGGAUUGGACGCCGAGGAGCACGACGUGGUAUGUGAAUGAUAUACAGGUGGCGAAUAUUGAGUUUCAGACGCCGAAGGAUGUGAGCAAUAUUAUUUUGAAUGCGUGGAGCGAUGGGGGGGAGUGGACGGGGAAUAUGACGGUGGGGGAGUCGGCGUAUUUGCAGUUGCAGUGGUUUGAGAUUUUGUAUAACACGACUGAGCCGGAGAAGAGACAGGAGCAGGGGCAGGGUGUGUGCCAUUCGGUUUGUAGUGUUGACGGGUCGCCGGAGGUGGGGAGGCCGGUUAUGCUUUGGAGCAAUGGGGGAGGGCGGGGGGCGGGGGUAUUUACGGGGUGGGUUCCGGUGAUGAUGGCGACGGUGUUGUUUUUGCUUGCUUGA